UUGUGCCGGUGGAUAAAAGUUUUUUUCAUGUCAAACUGAGCGAAAAAAUUAGAUUUUUCAGGAAACUUUUGCUGUCCAUUUGUUAAACUGAGAGAAACAAGAGGGCAGAAUUUAUUUUCCAUGUGUGAAACUGAUCAACAAAACAGUUUCCUCUGAAUUUUAUCUUUACUGAAAACAGUGUCUGCCUGGAAAACACAUGGACAAAUACAUUUCCCCAGAAGAAACACAUUUUUUUUCCUUCUACUGAUUUUUUUUUCUGCUCAGUUUCACACAUUGGAUACAUUUUCAGGAAAAUAUAUCCUCACUUUCCACAAGAAGUUACAGCGACAUUGUUACGGUUGGGAUCAUUUAAGUUCACAACUCAACAAAACAUAUAACACGUUAUCUUUCAGGUGUCAGAUGGUCUUUUGUCACUUCUGGGUCUCCGUACUCAGAGACAUCACAUCCACCCCUGACUUUAAACCCUUUACACUCGCUGUGAGUAGAGCUGCUAUUAAACAGGGCAUCAGGCCACUUGAAGUCCUUCCCGCCAAGCCGCCUGAGACUCGACGCUGAGUAGCUAUGAAAGGAAGCAGUCAUGAGAGGAUGAAAGAUAGAUGGGUGGAGGUAAGGAGGGGAGAGAGAUGAGGUCUCCCAGAGAGACCGCUGGGAGGGGUGACGACGAGAUGUAAGCAGCGGAGACGAGUUUGAAGUCUUGAAAGAGGUCGAGAGGCGGAGGCUGGGAGGGAAACUCCCUCCUGGUCCUGAACAACUGUUACACUCUGAGCUUUCAUACACAGGACUCACUCUCACUGCUGCACAUGAUCCCACUGAGAGUGUGGACGAGAGCUGCCACGGAUCUGAAGAAGAAGAAGAAGAAGAAGAAGAAGAAGAGACCUCUCACCCCUCUGAAGGAUUACAACUGGGAAACAAUUUCCUGCUGUUAUCGUUUUCAUAAGUUGGAUUAACAGAGACAUCUGGAGCCUCAGAGACGUGUGUGGGUGGGGAGCGUCCGUGAAUGGAUGAGUAAGAACUGAAGGACGACUGGAUAAAAGUUUCCAGCAGACGAUCCUCGGGAGAUAUCGGCCUGAAUCACUGCAGGUGUGAACUUGAUUUCCCCGUGAGGCCGGGGAGGCGUGUGAUGACACAGCGCUCAGACUUCCCUGCAAUCUCUGCGGCACCUGCUCAUCAGCGAAACUGCUUUCCAUCCUCAGAGUUUAUGACUUCAAAGCGCGGGCCGAUCUUCCAUAGAGGCAUUGUUUGUCUAUAUUCAAAACACAUUGUAGGCUUGUAAUUAUGCCCUCACUCUCAUUAUCUCUGUUUCUGCUGCUGCACGACUAAGAGGUGAGGGAGAAGUGGAUCAGAGGGUGAGGAGGGAGGGGUUUUUUUUUUUUUUCUUCUCUCUCUUCUUGGAGAUUAGAGAAGGUAGAAGAGGGAGACAGAGGAAGGCAAAGGGGGAGGGAGAGAUAAACAGAGGCAGUUUAAGGCGGUAAACAAAGCUCUCCUCUAAACACAUCAGGCAGAAAUCUGCGCUGCGUUUGUCUGCGGCGACGCUGAAACAGGAGGACGAGAAGAAAACGGUGUCGGUCUGGAAACACUGGAGCGAAGAUAAACUCAAGUGUGGGCUGAUUAUUACUGGGAAUAAAAGUUUUGGUUUGUCAGACAUGGACUCAGACGUCUCCCACAGCUUCUCCUGUCUCUGCAGCAAGAUGACGAGCAGAUCCUCCUCCAGACGCCACCGGCCUCUGCUGCACCCCAGGACCCUGCUCCUCCUGCCCCUGCUGCUCCUGCUCUUCCUCUCCCUGUGGAGCCAGCAGGCCGAGGCCGUCGUCCACUCCAGCUUCAGGAGGCUCAGCGGCCGCGAGAAGAAGGAGAUGCAGAAGGAGAUCCUGUCCAUCCUGGGCCUGCCGGGGAGACCCAGGCCCCACCCGCCGCUACGGCCGCCCUCCUCCGCGCCGCUCUUCAUGCUGGACCUCUACCACGCCAUGUCGGCUGACGGGGAGGACGAAGGCAAUGAGAUAAUUGUGAACGGACCUGGCAUGGGGAAGUUCGGAGGGGCGGAGAGGCUGGUUCAGGUCAACCACGCGGCUCCUCCGACGCUCAGCACGCACACGCCGCCGCUCGGGACGGUGGUCAGCGAGGCCGACACGGUGAUGAGCUUCGUCAACCUGGUGGAGCAGGAGCGCGACCUCCUGCAGCCUCGUCCGUACUGGAAGGAGUUUCGUUUCGACCUGACGCCUCUCCCUCAGGGUGAGACGGUGACAGCCGCCGAGUUUCGGAUCUAUAAGACCCUGACGAUGGGCCAGAGGGCCAACAGGACCCUGCACAUCUCCGUCUAUGAGAUCCAACGAGAUAACAGACACAGAGAGCCCGAGCUGGUGCUGCUCGACAUGCAGUCGGUGCCCGCAGGUCAGGAGGGCUGGCUGGCCUUCGACGUCACCACAGCCUCCAACCACUGGCUCCUCCACCCCCGCAGCAACCUGGGCAUCCGACUGUACGUGGAGACGGAGGAGGACCGCUCCCUGUCUGCAGGCUGGAUCGGGCUGGUGGGCCGGCGGGGGCCUCGCUCCAAGCAGCCCUUCAUGGUGACCUUCUUCAGGGAGAGCCAGGUCCCCUGUCGGCCGCCGCGAGCCGUCAAGCCUCAUCCCCGCAGGAAGAAACCCAAAUACGACCUCCCAGUCCCCAGCAUCCACAAUCGGAGUCCAGCCAACAACGGAGGUCAGCCCUGCAAGAAACAUGAGCUCUACGUCAGCUUCAGCGACCUGGGCUGGAAGGACUGGGUUUUAGCCCCGCCUGGAUAUUCAGCCUACUACUGUGACGGAGAGUGUUUUUAUCCUCUGGGCUCCUGCAUGAACGCCACAAACCACGCCCUCAUCCAGCAAGUGGUCCACCUCCUGAAGCCGGACGAGGUUCCGAAGGCGUGCUGCGCGCCCACCAAGCUCAGCCCCAUCUCAGUCCUCUUCUACGACGACAACAACAACGUCAUCCUCAAGAAACACCGGAACAUGGUGGUGAAGACCUGCGGGUGUCUAUGAGAGUCAGAACGUUCCACUGAAGAGUCCAAAACACACAAAUACACAGAGGGCUUUUUUUUUUUUUUUUUUUGGCUUGUUUUUCAAACAUGAACUCUGCAGAAACUUGGAUUAUAAAGGCAUUAUUUAACAGGUAUCUGUCUGAUGUGUUCAAGUGCUGAUUUAGGAUCAGACUCAGUUAUCUUUCACCAAAGAAGCUUUCUCUCUCUCUCUCUUUUUUUUUAAAUAAAAACAUUGUUUAUGUCCAAACUGUCAGCUGGUUGUCAUCUCUCACCAGGUUAUUCGGCAUAAUGUGAUAAUACUGAAUAUUUAUGUAUAUAACUUUAAGUGUUCUCUCAUCAAACAUCCAUCAGCUUCAUAAAAAGUUACAGAUGUUUAUUUUCCUCCUCACGUUUCCACGAGUACAAACGUUUUUUCAUUGCAUCAACUUUGAACCAAACCGGGGAAAGAUGACAUCUUUUUAUCAGCUGCAAACAAAUUAACUCUGAUUUAGUGCUCACAGACAGCUUUAAAUG